UCAAUUGACAAUUGGUGGGCUGCUUGCCCGCGCACAACUUUCAAACACAGCUCUAAAAAUAUAUGACAAACAAAACAAUUAAAGCAAGCUUCUUGGGUUCUUGGUCUUCUUUCUUUAUAAUUUCUAAACCAGGAGCUUCUCUUUCUUGGGUCCAUUGUCACCUACCUACUUACUUUAGCUAUUUGUCUUUCUUUGUUUAAAUUCUCAAACUAGCACCUUUCUUGCCUUUCAAUUUCUCAAUACACAGAAUAUAUUCGUUUGGGCCUCUUUUCAAACUCAUCAAUCACCGGACGCACAUACACCAUUGAUUCAUUCUUUGCUCCACCAUAAAGAAAUCAAGACUCAGAUUUCCUAUUCCCUUUAUAUCUUCUUUUUUCUUGUUUUAAAAACAGCAUGUGGUUAUUUAUAACAACUCAACAGGGUCUAAGGAGUUGCAAUAGUGGUAGUGGUGUUUAUGCUAGUGAUAGUGGUGUGGCACUUUAUUCUUCUUCUUCUUCUUUGCUUUAAAUUAUCUUCUUUGCCUUGUGGUGUAGUUGUCUAGUUUUCAGAGUUGACAGUAAGAAAAAAAGAAAAAGAAAAAGAAAGAUACUUGGAGAUAUGCAGCGUGCAGUUCUUGAUGGUGUGAUUUAUAGGUUGCUUGAAGUUAGAGGCAAGCCAGGGAAGCAGGUCCAGCUUUCUGAGAACGAAAUUAGGCAGCUCUGUUUCACUUCCAGGGAGAUUUUCUUGAAACAGCCAAAUCUCUUGGAGCUUGAAGCUCCUAUCAAAAUCUGUGGAGAUAUACACGGACAAUAUCCUGAUCUUCUGAAGUUAUUCGAGUAUGGAGGCUUACCUCCUCGAGCCAACUAUUUAUUCUUAGGGGAUUAUGUAGAUCGAGGAAAGCAAAGUCUGGAAACUAUAUGCCUUCUUCUUGCAUAUAAAAUAAAAUAUCCCGAGAACUUUUUCUUACUGAGAGGAAACCAUGAAUGUGCUUCUGUAAACCGUAUAUAUGGAUUUUAUGAUGAGUGCAAACGAAGAUUCAAUGUCAGAAUAUGGAAAUUUUUUACAGAUUGUUUCAAUUGCUUGCCCGUGGCAGCCCUUAUUGAUGAAAAGAUUCUGUGCAUGCAUGGUGGACUUUCUCCUGAUCUUCGAAAUUUGGAUCAGAUUAGGAGUUUACAGCGACCUGCUGUUGUUCCUGAGUCUGGUUUAUUAUGUGAUCUUCUAUGGUCUGAUCCUAGUAAAGACAUUCAAGGUUGGGGCAUAAAUGAAAGGGGUGUUUCAUACACUUUUGGUGCUGAUAGGGUCGUUGAAUUUCUGCAGAAGCAUGAUCUUGAUUUAAUUUGUCGAGCCCAUCAGGUUGUGGAAGAUGGAUAUGAGUUUUUCGCAAACAGACAACUUGUAACCAUAUUUUCAGCUCCGAAUUAUUGUGGAGAGUUUGAUAAUGCUGGCGCCAUGAUGAGUGUGGAUGAGAAUUUGCUAUGUUCCUUCCAAAUUCUGAAACCUGUUGAUAAGAAGCCAAAGUUUAGUUUUGGGAGCAUGGCUACUGCUAAGCCUAGCACCAAUUCAACAAAAAUCAAGUCUCUUUUAAAAGUAUAAGGAAUCUGAUCCUCUGGAGAGAUAACCUAAUUAGGAGCUAGCUGCCCUUGACAGGGAGGGGCUGAAUAUUGCCAGUCUGGAUAGCCAUCUAGAAUCUGGGUUCCAUAGUUGAUCUCGAUGAGUGAAGAAUGUAGAUUAAACUUGUGUUUAGGUCAAGAUGAUAAAUGGAGAAUUUCCACCUCCAUGUUAAUUUUAGGAGGGUGUAAUCUCUUUGUUUUGCUCAGUGUCAGUGUACGUAGUUGCCACUAUGUUAUCAUAAACAAUAAUCACAAAUAUAAUUUGUAGAGAUGAUAUGAUUGGAUUCUCUCA